AGCAAACUGACGUCAAUUGGUAACAGACAGGGGAACCGUGGACGAGGGGAGAGACGAACACGGUGUGCUCUGCAGACAAUAUCCACUUUGUCAGUGAGUUAACCUGAACAAAAAACCCCCCCAAAAAACGGAAGUUGAUAAGAUGUAUGUAAAGAUGGGUUCUAAGGAUGGAUGUUUUCGUUGCUGCAUUCAUCUGAAGUUUCCUUUGCUUUAGGUAGCCAGUGGAAAGAGCAGAGAAGAAGCUGUAAGGCCCUGAGGAGUCGCCACUGAUGGAGAACAUGUCGGAAAGGUCGAUACAGACAGAGCCUCUCUCGCGCAGAGGACAGGAGGCAGGACUCCGGUGAUGGUCACGCUCCCCUCGCCUUCACGCCAAAGGAAGGAGCGCCUUACAACCGAAAUACCACCGAAAGCACAACAAGGGGUGGACCGAACUUCUAAGGCACCAUGCAAUCUGACGACCUCUUCAUCCGUAAAUUUCGCCGUCAGAGUGUCCGGCCGCCCAUCGCUGCUGUCAACUUUGACUCCAAACGGGACGCAGGUCUCGUGGAGUGGCCCCCCAGGAGGGACAGUGAGAGGACUGAUGGUGAGGGUCUUACUCCUAGCCGCGUGGGGCUGAACCUGCGGUCGGUGGGCCGGGGCCACAUUAUGCAGAGAAGCAACAGCGAUGUGACUUUAGGUGACUUGGAUUCCUCCGGAAAGGCAGGAGGAAAAGCAGCCCGGACAGUUGGUGAGAAGGCCGGUGCAGGGGCUCAGGGGGACUCGGGGGUGCUGCUACACAGGGAAUAUGGAAGUCUGUCCUCGCUGGAGAGGCAGACUCAAGCACAGGAGCCAAACACGGAUGACCAGGGAGCCCUGAGUCCCAAUGCACUCCGCUUCAAAGACCCGUUCCUGCUUUUAGGCCUCCAGUGUAAUCCCCCUGAACCAGAUGGAUUCUUCCGAGGUCUGUGUGCUUCCACAGGGGACUCCCCAAAGCCUGCCAAACCUCCGAAGCCCGAGGGUCUUAGCAAGAAGCCAAAACCUGCGCCACCUCAGAUUCCCCAACCGGGUCCUUAUGACAACUUAGGGGGCGGAGCCUGGGUGAGGAACUUCGCCCACUAUGAUGUUCAGAGCAUCCUGUUUGACCUGACCGAGGCGGCCACAAACAGAGACAGCAUUGGACGAAAAAAGAAUAUCACUUCGGGGGCUUCAGCUGCAUCUCAGCUGCGUCCCCUCUCGCAGGUCCAGCCAUCCUCACCUGCCCAGGGAGGGACCGGCAAUGGGGGGAACACAGAUGACCCAGAGCAGUCAAUGCUGCUGGACGAAGGUGAUGGCAAUGAUAAUGAGCUCUUGCUCAGCUGUCCCCACUUCCGUAAUGAGAUGGGGGGAGAGGAGCGGGUGGGUCUCGGUGGAUCUCAUGGCAGACGGGGCCUCUGGUUGAGCCUGCGCAGCCCCAACGAUGCGGUGUCGGUGCUGGAGGAGCCCAGGGAGAGUCAUGUCCAACAGCAGGGCAAGAGCAACUACUUUAUAGAGCAUGCGGACCUGGGAGCCCACUACUAUCGCAAAUACUUCUACAUGAAAGAGCAUCAGAAUUUCUUUGGCAUGGAUGAUCGUCUCGGUCCAGUGGCUAUCAGUUUUCGUAGAGAGGAAAAAGAGGGGUCCAGUGGUGCUCAGUAUAAUUACAGAAUCAUAUUCCGUACCACCGAGUUAAAGACACUGCGAGGGUCCAUCUUGGAGGAGUCAGUGCCCUCCGCGGCCCGACACACAACCCCUCGGGGCUUGUCACCAAAGAGGCUGCUGGAGUUCAUCAUCCCGGAGCUCAACCUGCACUGCUUGCGCCUUGCAUCCAACUCGCCCAAAGUGCGAGACACCUUGCUGAAGCUGGACGAGCAGGGGCUGAAUUUCCAGCGCAAGGUAGGCGUGAUGUACUGCCGGGCUGGACAGAGCUCCGAGGAGGACAUGUACAACAACGAGAGCUCCGGGCCAGCGUUCGAAGAGUUUCUGGAUCUGCUCGGGGCGCGAGUGAGGCUGAAGGGUUGGGAGAAAUAUCGAGCUCAGCUGGACAACAAGACGGACUCAACGGGGACCCACUCCCUCUACACACGCUACCAGGACUAUGAGAUUAUGUUUCAUGUGUCCACCAUGCUGCCAUAUACAGCCAACAACACUCAACAGUUGCUGAGGAAGAGACACAUUGGGAAUGACAUAGUGACUAUAGUAUUCCAGGAGCCGGGUGCAUUGCCCUUUACUCCAAAGUCUAUCCGCUCCCAUUUCCAACAUGUCUUCAUCAUCGUCCAAGUUCACGAGCCCUGCACUGACAACACCUAUUACAGGGUGGCUGUGACGCGCUCGAAAGACAUCCCAUUAUUUGGCCCGCUGUUCCCCAAGGGUGCCCGAUUCCCCCGCUCACCCGCCUUCAGAGACUUCCUGCUGGCCAAAGCGGUGAACGCCGAGAACGCCGCCGAGAAGUCGGAGAAGUUCCGCUCCAUGGCCACUCGCACACGGCAGGAGUACUUGAAAGACUUGGCUGAAAACUAUGUGACCACCACACCCAUUGACUCCUCCACCAAGUUCCCGCUGCUUUCUCUGGGAGGAAAGCGCAAAGACAAGCUGAAGGGGGCCAAAGGAGCUGAGCUGCACAGUGCCGGAGCUCUGGUUUGGGCUGUGAUGGUCAACGGCGGGGACGAGGGGGGCUUAGGAGAACUGAAACUCCCUUGUCUCCUGGGAGUCUCCGCAGAAUCAGUGGUUCUCAUCGAAAGAUAUACACGAAGGGUGGUGUUCAACUGCUCUUGCCGCGACGUCAUUGGCUGGAAGGCAGUGACAGAGGCCAAGGAGGGCGGGCCUUGCUUGGACAUUUUCUAUGAGCGUGGGGAGUCAGUGUCAAUCAGUGUGAUGGACACCCAGGCAGAGGACAUACGAGAGGUUGUGCAGAGACUGGAGCUGGUGACGCGGGGCUGUGAGGCGCUGGAGGUCACCCCGCUGCGUGAUGGAGUGGGCCAGCCAGGGUUUCUCAUGAGUGAGGAGGGCUUCGUAACUGAGCUGCAGCGUUUCUGCUACGCCGAGAGCGGGGGUCUGCAGCUUUGGGCCCGUGUGGUGCGGCUGUGCGGACACUCCCUGGUUCACCUCAACCAAGAGGAGAGAACAAGGCUUCUCCGCACAGCCCACAAGAUCCACAUCACCGUCAUCCCACCAGACGAGAACGGCAAGCCUCGCAGAAGUUUCUCUGAGCUGUACCAGAAAGCCAUCAAGGAUGCGGAGUGCAAACCAGGCGAGGGCCAGUCCGGAGAGGCCUGGGUCCUGGAUGAGAAGGAAGAGGAGGAGAUGAUGAAAGAAGAGCAGGAGCAGGGUGGCGUGGACGAGGCUGACGUAACGGAGGUCCAGGCGGAGCAUGAGAAGGGCGAGGAAGGUGAAGACCAGUCGUGUGAAAAGGGGCCCGAAACUGAGAGGGGCCAGAGCUCCCUCCUCUCUUCACCCAAUCUACCUUUGUUACGGGCCACGUCUUUGCAGGACCCUCCACCCAGCCAGACCCCGGAGUGCAACCCCUCCCAGCUAACACGCAGCUGCUCCUUGGAGAGGCAGCCCCAUUUCAGGGAGACAUGUGAUGAGCAUGUGUAUGAAAAUGCAGGGGUGAACGUUGACCGCCACAUCUAUGAGAACCCCGGAGAGCUGAGAGACGCCACGCCUGAUCUCAUCCUGGCCGUCAAACCCAAGGUGCCCCUCGAGGACGAGCAGUUCUCGGCGGCCGAGUAUGGCGAAGAGAAAGCUUCGGCGAGCGAUUCCUCUUUGUCGUCUUCUCGCUUGUCAUGUCUAGACAGGGCGGAAAGAAAUUCCCGAGCUCUUAGCCUUCAUGAUUCUAUCACUAAGAUUCUCUCAGAGACCACAGAUUCUUCUGAGGAGGAGUGGCAGUCCAUCGCUGACCUAGCUACAGCUUGCCGCAGUAUACUAGAAGCAUUGUCACGAGAGGACCGCAAAGCUGGAGACGCUUCCCAAGCAGGGGGUGACCAGACGGACGGCAAGCCUAAGGAAGCAAAAGACAGUGACUCCCCAGGCCACCUGGAGGAGAAGGUGUCCCAGCUGGAGGCCAUGCUCAAGAGGCUGCAGGAUGACCUGCAAAAGGAAAAGGAGGACAAGGCCGUGCUGCAGGCCGAGGUGCAGAGCCUCAGGCAGAACAACCAGCGGCUACAGGAAGAGUCCCAGAGCACCGUCGCUCACCUUAUCAAAGUCACUGAGCUACUGUGCAAUGUCAAUAAGCCCUGCUAG